UUUCAGUUGUCGAUAAGUGACAAACAAUGUCGUUGCUAUAAGCAACCUGACAUUGAAAAGCCAAACAAAUACCCUUUUCUCGAAUCAAUGAACCGAUUUAAUGAAAAUUUAUGAUAAGUAGGUACGUUUGCGUGGGGGUAGCUGCAAAACAUGGCUGUUGCUCGACACCUCUUGGAAGGAUCGUGUUGAAUUUGUUGUAGCUCGCUGUUCAAAACAUCACACACGGCACGUUCGUUUCAUUUUGUAGUUCUAUGGGUUGUGGAACUUCGAGACCUCCCGUUGUAAGCACUGCACAUCAACCUGAAGCACAACCGAAACCUAAAGCCGUCCAACAGGACAGCAAACCGAAACAGCAACGAAUUGAACAGAACGAAACUCAACAGAACACAGAGAAGACAAGUGAUCCGGGGCAGGAACACGAAUAUAUCGACAGCAGCGAGUUCCUCUCGCUUUCUUACGAAGAAGUUGCAGCAUUACGACCUACAGAUCCCGAUAACAUGUGGGCAAUUGUCAAGAAGACCUGCGACAGAAACAAGGAAUGGAAGCUAGAUUCGGUGAAGAAUCGGCGAGGUUGGAAAACGAUUCGAUUGUUUGUGUCGUCAACCUUUCGUGAUUUUCACGCUGAGAGAGAAGCUCUUGUGAAAGAGGUUUUUCCUGAUUUACGUCUUUGGUGUGAACAAAGGAAACUUCACCUUGUGGAGUGCGACUUAAGAUGGGGAGUUCCUAAAGAUUCCUCAACUGAGCAGACUAUAAAGAUCUGUCUUGGUGAGCUGGAUCGUUGCUAUGAGGAUAACGUUGUGCCAUACUUUCUCAAUCUUAACUGUGCACGAGCAGGCUGGAUACCAACAUUUGGUGACUUGACGUACAAUUUAGCUGUACAAUAUGGCUGGGUUUAUGGCCUGUCUCUUACAGAGAUGGAAAUUGUUCAUGGUGCAUUUCGGAAAUGCAACCCUAAUGCUUUGUUCUUAAUCAGAGAUGAUGAGUUCACCGACACCUUACCUGAUGAAAUCAAAGAUGCAUUUGUUGAUGACAACUCUCUGUGCACAGAAAAGAUGAAGAAACUUAAAGAAAUGCUGAAAGAACACUUUCCUGUAUGUUUACAUUUGAUGUAUGUUUCCAUUUUUUCUUGUGUAUAGGUCUUCGAUUUCUUUAAAGAUCGAAUUACAAACCAGUACCCACUUGAUGAUACUCCAGAAGAUCCACUGGAAGCUCAGAGGGCAGCACAUGAGUCAUUUUUGGACACUCGUGGGCAAGUGGUUCUUGGAAGAGACAAGAUACUCGAAGAUAUCCACAACUACAUCACGGGUUCCAUCACGAGUGAUACUCCCAAUGCACCACUGCUGCUCAUUGGUAAUGCAGGCUCAGGAAAAUCUGCAAUUAUGGCAAAAAGUGCCAGCGAUGCUUUAGUGAGAGCUGAGAGAGGGGAACUGCCAGGUGCUAAGGGAUUACCAUGUAAAGUGUUUUUCCAUUUUGUUGGCGCUACACCUGGUUCUACUGAUCUGGCGUUCUUUCUGCAGCGGCUGUCAAGAGAGAUCAAUGUAUCCAAGCGGGACGUUGUCAGUGACCUGGACUCGUUAGUACAACUCACCAACAGUCUUUUAUCAAACAAGAACACCAGACCUUGUGUAGUGUUUGUGGAUGCCAUUAACCAGAUGGAUGAUGACAAGAUUCAGUAUUUAACCAGAUGGCUUCCAGAGAACUUGUCUCCUAAUGUGAAGGUAGUACUGUCCAUGAUAAAUGACACGGAAUGUCACAGACUGCUGCGUUCAUACAAGUCAGGACCCCGAGAGAUCACGUGUGGUCAGCUGGACUACCAGUCUAGAAAGCUUAUCGUGGAGAAUAUUCUUAGACAGUAUAACAAGCGGUUGGAUGAGAGGCAGAUGUCCAUGUUGCUGGAGAAGGAAGGUUCAGCUAAUCCUUUGUGGUUAACACUGGCUUGUGAAGAGCUCAGAGUGUACGGACAUUUCAACAAAAUGGACGAGAAAAUAGCAAGUCUUUCUGAUGAUCUCAUAAGUCUGGAAGAACAAGUUCUGACUCGGUUUGAAGAAGAAAAUGGCGGUCAGGUUGUUGUAGCUACAGUGUGCCUACUGGAAACCUCACGUCACGGUCUGCUAGAGACAGAACUGCUGCAGAUGUUAGCUGAAGAAAGCACCCUUACCCCUCCCCCCUAUGUCGAGGGUGAAUCUGAUCAGAUUACCGUGACAAAGGCCGAGACAACGCAAGCAGCUGCGCCAGAAGGCCAUUCAGUCGCAGGUAAACUCGCGAAACAGGUAGACGAGACAUACGUGCAAAAAGACGACGACAAACAGGACGAAGAGAAGAAAGCUACUGGCCGAAAAUCAAAGAAGAACGAGAAGAAAUUUCUGCCAGCGGUCAAAUGGGCCUUGGUGUAUCGUGCACUGAAGCCACUCCUGCGACCGUGCGGGGACUUGGGUGAGGGACGGCUGGACUUCUAUCACAGAUCUAUUAGUAAAGCUGUAAGGAGAAAGUACUUCUCCGGAUCAGAGGGAUAUACUAAGCAUCAGUACACGUUCUGGCAUGGAAAACACGCGGAGUUCUUUGAAGGGAGUGAGGACUUUGAUCGUAAAUCAGAGGAACUUCCGUAUCAUCUUGAGCAGCUAUUGGAUAACAACAGGUUAACACGGUGCCUGUUAGAAUGGGAAGUGUUUGGACGGCUCUUCAAUGACGACUUCAGCAUUGACCUGCUUAGAUCAUGGCAAAAGGCUGGUGGAUACGCUACUGCGUCCGCUCUAUAUAAGGAAUCAUUACUAGUGUUACGUGAGUCAGACGCAACUCUUGAAGACGUCGCCAAGAAAACUGAGAUGGUCGUCAUGUUCCUGAUCCAAGCAGGACAGUAUGAAGAUGCACACGUACUGUUGAAUGAUUUGUUGAAGUUAGAAGAGGAAAGUCUGGGUGCUCGAACAGACAAACUAGCAGACAUCUAUCAACUAAUGUCCAAGACCAAGAGUGAGGUUGUGAAGAACUUCAACUUCGUGACGAUGGAUCAGUUGGAGCAGGACCGAGAAAUUGUUGAAUUCUGUAAAAAGUCACUGAGUUUCCGAAAACAGCUGAGCGGCGAGGAGCAUGAGCAUAAAACUGCAAUGAUUGAUAUACUGAUUGCACAUCACUUGAGCAUCGUGGCCGAUUUAGAACGUGAUAACGCCGAACAAACAAGAAAAGACUGUUUUAAAUAUAUCGAUGAGGCUAUUGACAUCUUUAUGAGGCAUGGAGACAUGGGACACAUGGCUGAAGCUAUCAUGACCAAGUCAUUUAUUAAUCCGCGAGCGAGGAAAUAUUUCAAGGAAAAAGAAGAGAUGCUCAACAGAUCCUUCGAGCUGUGUCUGAAGACGUACGGCGAGAAACACAUGUUGACGCUGCGGCUUUACUUGAACAUUGGAAUCCUUUAUGAAGACAACAGAGAUUUCCAGAAGGCCUAUGAUUACUUUGUCAAGUGGCACGAGACGUGUCAGGAGGUGCUUGGGCCGUCACAUCCCAAAACUGGGCGCGCCCGCGAUACACUGAAUGAAGCGACUUACGUGCGCAUCCGGGAACAGAGAGAGCGACAGGCUGCUGGCACGGCUUAAGUGUUCGCCGGUGUCAAUUUUUCACACAAUGCAUUUACUUACACGUAGAUAUCGAAGAGAAAGAUCCCUCCUCCAAAGAACAAGAUUCCACGAGACGAGAGCUGCACAAGAGUUUCCUUUUUUACUCUCAUCGACUAUCAACAGCGCGCAGUCAAACGAGCUGAGAGUGCGCGAGCGUUGACUUCAUCUGCCUGACAAGCGUGCGAAAACUUUAGUCGGCUGUCAUGAAGAUCUGAUCGGGUUUUAAUUCGAUGACUCAGUGUUAGAGUUACCUGCGAUCAGGCGUUCUUUUUUUCGGCGAACGGGGGAAGGGGUAAGAAGAACAAAUCCCCUUCCCCCGUUCGCCAAAAAAAGAACGUCUGAUCUCAGGUUAGUGUGAGGGUGGGCAGUAAAUUUUGAACUCCACUUAACUCUGGUUCAGAUUUUCGUUCUUAUUUGAUCCAGCCAGGCCUGUAGUGCUACUGUACAGCGCAUUGCAAUAGUCGAAAUUAUUAACCGAUCAAAGGAAAUCUAAACAAUCAUUUUGUACGGCUGAAAAUGUAUUUUAGAGUCAUUCACCCUGUACACAGUUUUCUUAUAUCCUUAGAAACCAUUUGGUAUACAGUAUUAUCGAACUAAGUCGUUGUAGGUUUAAGUUCGGCCGUUUCAUAUUGUUAAAGACCUUCGUGAUCAUAGUUGUACAUGCGCAUUACCUGCUACAAACCAGACCAGUGCUCGAAGGUAUUAUUUUCAUUGGUUAUUACACUAAGUGUACAUUAUUAUUUUGACUCACCGCGUGGUCAAAUGGCUGCUGUCAUGCACAUGUGAUGUAGCGAAACGUGCGUUGGUAAUUUUUCCAGACGUCCCGAACAACGUUCUAGGUUAAAAAGCCAUUCUUCACUGAGUGGCGGGUUAGAUAAUUCUGUUGUUUCACAACGUUUUUGACUCAAUAGUUAGGUCGAAAAUACGUCCUUAUUAUUACUACCACAGUAUGAUAACAAUAUUAUUCUUUGUUCUGUAAAAAAGUGCUUCUGAUGCCCCGUGCAGGUAACGGAUGUAGUUUGUGGACACUUCACUACCGGUCUAGUGAAGUAGCUCUUUGGUUCCAGUUGGCAUGUGUGUUUAAGUGAUCAUUGCAUGCAAGGGGGCUUUAAAAGUAGCAAUAUGUUAUGGUUGCUAAAAGUAUUCAACUUCCUGCGAAACAAAAUUUUUUGUCGCAGAGAGUCAAAGAAGGGAACGAAAGCCACUCUGUUGACUCGUCCCCGUUUUCUUCCGUCCCAUAUGUCUGAUCUAACACAUAUGCUGCAAUAGCCUACUGCUGUAAGCUUAAAGAAAAACACCAAUUAAAUUCAUUACAUGAUAUUACCCAGUAAAUCAUGAGGGAAGAAUUUUGUAUAUUCAAGUGUUUCUUAGGCACGAUUAGGUUAAUACUGUAGGGUAACCCAAAUAAAAUGUGAGUUGGUUUUACGUUG